AUGCUGCUGGAGAAGAGAAAGCUCUGCCCUCCUCGAACAGGAGUUCAGAGUUGCACUGGGGAAUCACCAUUCACGACAAUUCAUGAGUACCAUCUAUGGUUGUGCGAGGUGUUUCCGACUUGGCAAGAUCCAGAUCGAUCAGAUAUUGAGGAGUGGAGAGAACUUCAAGAUAGGGUAACGAAGUAG